UUGGGAACUGUCAAAGUCAAUUUUGGCGCCAUUUAAUCGAGUUCCAAAGUUAUUUAAAAAAAUCAACCAAAAUGCCUUCAAAUCUGCUUUGGGCUGAUAAAUAUCGACCAAAAGACCUUUCGUUAUUGGAUUACCAUAAGGAACAAGCAACAGAUUUGAAGAAUCUCACGCAGGAUGGUGAUUUUCCACAUCUAUUAGUGUAUGGACCCCUAGGGGCCGGUAAGAAGACAAGAAUUAUGUGUUUGCUACGAGAAAUGUUCGGUCCUGGGGUGGAAAAACUAAAGGAAGAAACUAUGUCGUUCACCACACCUUCAAACAAAAAAUUAGAGAUUCUAGCGUUAAGCAGUAUGUAUCACAUUGAAAUAAAUCCGUCGGAUGUGGGGCACAAUGACAGGGUUGUUAUUAUGGAUGUUAUUAAGAACGUGGCUCAAACACACCAGUUAAACAUGAGUUCUCAGAAGGACUUCAAAGUUAUUGUACUAACUGACGUAGAUGACUUGAGUAAAGAUGCACAGCAUGCCCUAAGAAGAACAAUGGAAAAAUAUGUUGCAAACUGCAGAAUUAUUUUGUGUGCCACCUCGAUUUCCAGAGUUAUUCCUGCCAUAAGAUCCAGAUGUUUGUGUGUCAGGGUUCCUGCCCCAACUGAAGGGGAAGUUAUUAAAAUACUAAAAAACGUAGCGUCAAUUGAAAAUGUUAAUUUAACUGAUGAGUUAGCCAAAGAAAUUGCUGUUAAAUCAGAGAGGAAUCUUCGGAGGGCUCUACUAAUGGCAGAAGCUUCUUUUGUAAAUAACAUCCGUCAAGGUAUACCAAAACCAGACUGGGAAAUAUUCAUACAAAAAACUGCAAAUGUUAUUUUAAAAGAACAAAGCAUGCAGUCUUUAGCAUCAGUAAGAAACAACCUAUAUGAGUUGAUUGUUAAUGGAAUACCAUCGGAGAUUAUUUUUAAAGUUUUGUUGGAGGAUUUAUUAAAACCGUGUGAUUCUUCUGUGGGGGCAAAUAUUGUAGAGGAAGCUGCCACAUAUCAGUACAGAAGUGUCCAAGGGAAUAAAGAGAUUUUUCAUUUGGAAGCUUUUGUGGCCAAAUUCAUGUGUCAUUAUAGUGGAUUGGUACAACAAAUGAUGGAAUUUUUUUAAUUUUUGGUAUGAAAAUGUGAUUUUUAUUUUUACUAUUUUUUAUUAAAUUAAGUUUUUUGUAUAUU